GUUGAUCUCGCUUCUCUUCUGCAGUGAGACUUGACUGUUCACUUGGAUAAGGUUGCACCUACCUACAUGUUGUUUUUGACUCCUUCUUUCGUUUAGAUUAAGUAUUCCAUCGAAGGAUGAGUGACAACGAUGACAUCGAAGUCGAUAGUGACGAAGAAUCACCGAUAUUUAACAAUGAGGCAGACAAACGUGCACAUCACAAUGCACUGGAGCGCAAGCGUAGGGACCACAUCAAAGACAGCUUUCAUGGCCUGCGCGACUCCGUCCCCGCCCUGCAAGGGGAAAAGGUUGGUAGACCUGACGGGAGAAAAAAAAAAGAGCUCCUAAAGGCAUCUCGAGCUCAAAUACUAGACAAAGCCACAGAGUACAUCCAGUACAUGAGGCGGAAAAACCACACGCACCAGCAGGACAUCGACGACCUCAAGAGGCAGAACGCCUUGUUGGAGCAGCAAGUCCGUGCGCUGGAGAAGGUGAAGGGGCUGCAGGCCAGCUACGCCUCAUCGGACGGCAGCCGCUACACCAAUCCCAAGGGCAGCACCGUGUCGGCGUUCGACGGUGGCUCCGGGUCCAGCUCGGAGUCCGAGCCCGAGGAGCCGCCCAGCCGAAAGAAGCUCCGCGCCGAGGCCAGCUGAAGAACCCUCCUCCAGUGUGUGAGGGGCCCUGUGCUCUCCUCAUCCCCUCCACUCCACUCCCAUCCAUCCAUAAUCCCCCCACCCCCCGAGACUCUCCACUCUGCUUUCUUGCUCAGUCCAUCUUUCAUCUGUCACCUGCGUCACUCUGUAUCCCAGACCUCGGUCCAGAAGAGGGAGCAAAAGCCUGUCGAGCAGGAGGAGGACGAGGAUUUUUUAAUUUCUCUGAAGAACGGAAAUGAGUUUUGUGUAGCCUCCUGUUUUUUUCUCUUUUUUUUUGGUUCUGGUCACCUACUUCUCCCCCUUUCAUUGGCUCUGGCAGUUCUGUUGGGGCACUCCAGCAACGGCGUCUUGGCAACAACAAACAGGACAAUCCAGACUCCCAAAUAAGGCAGCUUCGCUACUUACGGACUUUUUUUUUCUCCUUCAAAAUCUGUCCCCGUUGUCCUCCAAGCGGAGUCCGGAGGAGCAGGGGAGGAGCGUACGUCUCCAAGCACUGCAAUUUAUUUUUUAAACUUUUGUUUACGUUUGUUGUCCUUAAAAAGAACCUGUUAAGAAGCAACACACGCAGCCCACGACGACGUGUCACUAAGGAGCAGUUUACCUUUUGUAGAAACAAAUGCAAACAGAACGUGAUGCUACAUAGGAGCAACUGUUGACGUGUCACCAAACGUACCUCAGGCUUCUCUAAAAAAAAAAAGAAGUGAAAUUCCUUUGUUUGAAAUUGAUGUCAUGGAAAAGAGGAAAAAAAAAUCCCAAAUUUGUGUUAUUAUCCAUGUAGCUUGAUGUAGAGAAUUAAUUUAGGCAGCUUGCUUCAGUUAGACUUCAGGGUUUUGAAAAAAAAAAAAAAAAGAAUUGGAUCAGUACUUUCGAAGUCUCUGAAGAUGUUGUAAAAUUUGUAUUGUUCACGAAUAUUUGGGAACACCGCUGGUAUGCUAGAUGUACUCCUCCCAUGUUAAGAUAAAAGGUAGAAGGUCAAGUCCCAUUUAUUUUUGAGGUAAAAAAAUAGCAGAAUGGUCACUGUUGUUUGUGUUGCUUUGUAUGGUAAACUUUUAAAUGUUGCAGGUUUAAAUUUGAAAGGUUUAAGGAAAACCUCCCCCAUAAAAAGCAUUUCGCCUGUCAAAGAGGUGUGAGUGUGUGCGUGUAUGCAUCUUUUACCAUUUGUGUUUUUUUUUUUUUCAUUUAGGACAUUUAGAGUAUACUAAAUAGGUCGUUUGUCUAAUUCCAUGGAAACUACAGGUAUGUUGUACAUACUGCCAACAACUGUCUUGCAAGUUGAGGCCUACCUUUACUAUGAGACUAAAUAAAACUAUUUUAUCCUUUA